CCAAGAUGGCGACCUCCACCGUUCUGUAUUAUACUGUAUCGGCAAUUGCAACAAAAGGACAUUAUUGACACACGUCAAAACUUUUAUUGUUGGUUGCUGCAAAGACAAGCCGGUUUAGUAUAUCGAAUCUGAAACGCUAAAAUCUUCUCCAAUGCUUUGUACAUUUGUAGAACUGCGCGCCGUGUUAGACUGAGGGGAUUUGCAUUAACUGAGCAUGGCCACCGACAACAUAAUUCCUUUCUGGAGGAAAAGCGCGAAGGUUCCAGGAAGUAUACAGCCAGUUUAUGGAGCACAGCACCCUCCCCUUGACCCCAGAAUCCACCGCACGUUUCCUAAAGACACUCCCAAGGGAGACAAUCUCAAGUCUAAAAAAGCAUCCAGUUUCCACGAAUUUGCCCGUAGCACCAACGACGCCUGGGACAUUGAUGACGAGGACGACGAGGACUUGUUAGCUCCCAUUCACCCCUCAUCUCUCCCGUCCACCCUGCACUCCGUGCACCAGGUGCCUCCUCUUCCUUUACAACAACCCAGUGACACCACCAGGGAGCCAGCAGACCGGCUGGCUCCCCCAACAGCAGAGGGCUGUCUUCAGCAGGAGGAGGACGCAGACUGUGGACAGAUCAAUGGCAGAGUGGUGGUGAAGUCCAGCAGUGAGGCCCAGCUCAACACCAAUACAGUACGCUCCACCCUGCAGAAGCAACAGUCUCUCCCAGUUCGUCCUAUCAUCCCGUUAGUCGCCAGAAUCUCUGACCAAAAUUCCUCGGGGGCCCCAAUCAUGACAGUGCGAGACAAGAGCCGAUUGGACAAAUUCAAAUACCUUCUGUCCUGUCCUAACACCGACCUUGAGGAGCUCCGGAAGCACAGCUGGUCAGGUAUUCCACGAGAAGUGAGGCCCAUUACAUGGAGGCUCCUCUCUGGUUACCUCCCAGCCAACAUGGAGCGCAGAGAUCUGGUGCUGAAGAGGAAGAGAGACGAGUACUUUGGCUUCAUUGAACAGUAUUACCACUCCAGGACAGACGAAACUUACAAAGACACAUAUAGACAGAUCCACAUCGAUAUUCCGAGGACAAACCCACUAAUUCCACUUUUCCAGCAGCCCACUGUGCAAGAGGUGUUUGAGAGGAUCCUCUUCAUCUGGGCUAUCCGCCAUCCAGCCAGCGGCUACGUCCAGGGAAUCAAUGACUUGGUCACUCCAUUCUUUGUUGUCUUCCUCUCCGAAUUUGUUGAGGAGGAUGUGGAGAAUUUUGACGUAGCUUCCCUGCCUCUUAACACCCAGAGGAACAUUGAGGCAGACAGUUUCUGGUGCAUGACCAAGCUGCUGGACGGAAUACAGGACAACUACACUUUUGCUCAGCCAGGGAUUCAGAACAAUGUGAAAGCUUUGGAAGAAUUGGUCAGCAGAAUCGAUGAGGACAUACACAACUACUUUAAGAGGUAUGAGGUGGAGUACCUGCAGUUUGCUUUUCGCUGGAUGAACAACCUGCUGAUGAGAGAGCUGCCUCUACGCUGCACCAUACGCCUCUGGGACACCUAUCAGGCUGAACAAGAGGGCUUCUCCCACUUUCACCUCUACGUCUGUGCUGCUUUCCUGAUCGAGUGGCGCAAAGAGAUCCUCUCCAUGGUCGAUUUUCAGGGUCUUCUCAUGUUACUCCAGAACCUUCCCACAAUCCACUGGGGGAAUGAGGAAGUGGGCCUUCUCCUGGCUGAAGCGUACAGACUCAAGUACAUGUUCGCUGACGCGCCCAAUCACUACAGGAGAUAGGCUUCUAUGCAAUGGUGUAAAACAGAUUCUGAUAUACUGUUAGGAGGAAUGUAAGGUUUCCUUCCUCUCUUUGAUAUGACUGGCCGACAUAUAGCUUGCACACAGGUACAGAAUCAUUUGCUCAAAAUAGGAACCCUCAAACCCUAUUUCUACUAUAGUUUGCUUGCAGGUUCUCUCUGUUUGUUAAGACUUUUAUUGGCAAGUUUCAUUCCACUGUCCCUGCAGCGUAUUAUCUCCGAGCCACUGGCUUAGACAUCUCAAUAGCAGUCUGUUACAAUUCAUGCGGUAGGCAUCGAGUAGGUUCUGGACAUACAACACAGCUAAUCCUCAACUGACUAGGUAUCCCCCUUUCCCUUCAACCUUACUCCUAUCAGCCAUAACCUUAUGUGAGUUCUGUUAUUGACACUCUAUACUGUUCUGGUAUUGGAGCUCUACACUGUUCUGGUAUUAGAGCUCUAUGCUGUUCUGGUAUUGGAGCUCUAUGCUGUUCUGGUAUUGGAACUCUAUACUGUUCUGGUAUUGGAACUCUAUACUGUUCUGGUAUUAGAACUACACUGUUCUGGUAUUGGAACUCUAUACUGUUCUGGUAUUAGAACUACACUGUUCUGGUAUUAGAACUACACUGUUCUGGUAUUGGAACUCUAUACUGUUCUGCUAUUGGAGCUCUACACUGUUCUGGUAUUAGAACUCUACGCUGUUCUGGUAUUGCAGCUCUAUGCUGUUAUGGUAUUGGAACUCUAUACUGUUCUGGUAUUAGAACUCUAUGCUGUUCUGGUAUUGGAACUCUAUACUGUUCUGGUAUUAGAACUCUAUGCUGUUCCGGUAUUGGAACUCUAUACUGUUCUGGUAUUAGAACUCUAUACUGUUCCGGUAUUGAAGCUCUACACUGUUCCGGUAUUAGAACUCUAUACUGUUCUGGUAUUAGAACUCUAUACUGUUCUGGUAUUGGAACUCUAUACUGUUCUGGUAUUGGAACUCUAUACUGUUCUGGUAUUGGAACUCUAUACUGUUCUGGUAUUAGAACUCUAUACUGUUCUGGUAUUAGAACUCUAUACUGUUCUGGUAUUGGAACUCUAUACUGUUCUGGUAUUGGAACUCUAUACUGUUCUGGUAUUGGAACUCUAUACUGUUCUGGUAUUAGAACUCUAUACUGUUCUGGUAUUGGAACUCUAUACUGUUCUGGUAUUAGAACUCUAUACUGUUCUGGUAUUAGAACUCUAUACUGUUCUGGUAUUGAAGCUCUACACUGUUCUGGUAUUAGAACUCUAUACUGUUCUGGUAUUAGAACUCUAUACUGUUCUGGUAUUGGAACUCUAUACUGUUCUGGUAUUAGAACUCUAUACUGUUCUGGUAUUAGAACUCUAUACUGUUCUGGUAUUGAAGCUCUACACUGUUCUGGUAUUAGAACU